AUGUCGGCUCAGCCGUACUCUGGGCUGCGGUCCACCACACCGCCGCUGUACUACCGUAGACCCGAGGGCAUCGCGCCGUCCUACUACACAGUUCCAGCAAGGGAGGUUGAGGGACUGCGCAUCCCCUCCUCCCUCCCUGCUGCCGCUAUGGGCUCUGGAGCACCCACCACCGUAGCCAGUGAGCUCCCACGGACCAGUACGAGUCUGCUUCCCUCAGUGGAUCGCAGCUCUGUUAAUCGCGCUCCUACUGCGAUGACCACGGCGCCGACGCCGUCUUCACGCCUCUCCGGCUACGCCAUGCCCUCGGUGGUGAACCCCUACUCUCAGGGCACCUCGCAGCAGCUGGCGAUGGCACACGUGGCAGAGCCCGUCAACCCCUCCUCGUACCUGCAGCAGGCCAACGCGAUGAGCAGGUGGAGCUUCCAGCCGCCGCCACUGCAGCAGCCGCAAUACCCUACGCUCGACCCCGUGGCUGCUCGCGUAGCCGCCAUCGAUGCCGAGGAGGCGGCCAUGGCUGAAGAGGAGAUGGCGCUGCGAGCCAAGCUGGUGGAGCUGCAGGUGGAACGGAAGCGGCAAGAGGAGGAGCAGCUUUACCUCAGCCGCGGGUGGGCGCAGAUGCUCGAGAACGAGGAGCGCUACUACACGGAGCCUGUGAUCGACUUGAGGCCGGACAUUAUGGCGAGAGAACAGCAGUGUGCCAUGCUACACAACCACCUCCAGCAGGUGGAAGCGCAGGCCCAGCACGCGCAGUCGCAGCUUCAGGGGACUGAGUACAUCCUGCGCGAUGCGGAGAGCUUCGAGCAGGAGCGAAGGAGGGUGCAAGACGCCUUUCAGGACGUGGAGCGGCGCCGGCGCGAGUGUGUUGCUCGGGCGGAGCGUUACUUCGACGUAGAGACGAAGCGGGUCGUGGAGGGCAAUAAGGCGAUGCGCAAGCUGGACAGCCAGCUGCACGAGAUGACGCAACACGGCCUGUUGGCGCAGCUGCAGGACAACAACCGCCACCUCUCCUCCGGUCGUAGAUCUGCGUCUCGCGCGGUCACCUUUGCGCCUGACAAGAGCAUCGUGCUCGACUUGGGGUACGAAGAGUCCGCUUCCUCGGCAGAGCCCGUGACUAUUGACGACGAGAGUUGCGGCGUGACAAGCAGCUACACCAGUGCGCACGGCACAGCUCUUCAAGACGAAGGGAACUCGGCGUACGCGUUUUGUGGACUGCCAGACGAGGACAUUGGUGGCACGAGCGUUGCCUUCUCCCUGAACGACACCAAAGACUCGCUGAUGAAACGGCGCAAGGUGGAGAUCGCUUCCGUGUAG